UGAAACUCUGUCAGUAGGAGCAACCAUGCUAUUACCUCCAUUGAGAGAAUGGAUGGAGUUACUUCAUUCUCUUUUACCCCAAAGGCCUGAUAGAUGGGAAAGCUUAUCUAAAGGACAGAGAAUGCAACUGGACAUCAUUCUGACAAGUUUGCAGGAUCAUACACAUGUCGCCUCCCUACUUGGCUAUAGCUCGCCCUCUGAUGCCACUGACCUCUCUGCUGUGUGCACUGGCUAUGGAAACCUGUCAGAUCAGCCCUAUGGCACUCAGAGCUGCCAUCCCGACACCCAUCUGGCUGAGACUUUGAUGAAAACUCUCCUAAGAAAUUUAGGAUUUUAUACAGAUCAAGCAUUUGGAGAGCUAGAAAAGAAUAGUGAUAAAUUUCUACUUGGAACAUCAUCAUCAGAGAACAGUCAGCCUGCUCAUCUUCAUGAACUGCUGUGUUCAUUACAGAAACGGCUACUGGCAUUUUGCCAUAUUAAUAACAUUAGCGAGAACUCAAGCAGUGUGGCAUUGCUUCAUAAACAUCUGCAGCUCUUGUUGCCUCAUGCCACAGAUAUUUACUCCCGUUCUGCAAAUCUGCUCAAAGAAAGUCCUUGGAAUGGCAGUGUUGGAGAAAAAUUAAGAGAUGUGAUACACGUCUCAGCUGCAGGCAGUGUGCUCUGCCAGAUUGUUAACGCCCUACUGUUACUCCCAGUGUCAGUGGCUCGUCCCCUGUUGAGUUACCUCCUGGAUCUCUUGCCACCUCUUGAUUGCCUUAAUAGACUCCUGCUAGCUGCUGCUCUUCUAGAAGACCAAGAGUUACAGUGGCCUCUUCAUGGAGGGCCAGAAGUAAUCGAUCCUGCUGGUGUUCCAUUACCUCAGCCCGCUCAGUCUUGGGUGUGGCUUGUGGACCUGGAAAGAACAAUUGCUCUCCUUAUGUGGCGGGUGGUGUCCUGGCGGUGUGCUUCAGGGUUCCCCUGUGUCUCCAGAGGAACAGGAUACUGCUUAUUGGAUGAAAACACCACUUUUCAGUGAUGGAGUCGAAAUGGACACUCCUCAGCUAGAUAAAUGUAUGAGUUGCCUGUUAGAAGUAGCUCUUUCUGGAAAUGAAGAACGGAAGCCUUUUGAUUAUAAAUUGUGGCCUGAAAUUGUUGUCUAUGUAGACUUGGCAUUGGGUUGUUUUAAAGAGCCAGCCCGUAGCCUUUGGAUCAGCAUGCAAGAUUACGCUGUUAGUAAAGGUAAGAUAAAGAGGAUAAAGGGAGUAAAUACGUUGCUCAUAAUGCAGGUACAUAUGUGACAUGUAUAAGCAGAAAAUCACAGAAAUUAUACUGCUUUUUUAUAGAGAAGGCAUUUUUUGAACAACACUUUAUAAACAACAUUUUAAGACAGUUUUUCUCUUUGUAGAAAAUACCCUAGGGUGGUUUUUCUUCUUUCUUUCUUUUUUUUUUUUUGUA